CUUCUAAUAAAGGAAGCACUAAGUGAGCGUUUACAGAUCUCUUCACACUGCUAUCUGAAAGGAGUUGUACUGCUUGAAAGUCUCGAAAGCGUUGUUGGUGAGGAGUACAUGCUGGCCGUCAUUCGAAAUCUCGUCGCCACCAAAGCAACGUUCGAUCUGAAGACAUUCUUGUUUUAUUUCGAAGACAUACCCGUCGAUCGAAACAUCUCACUCGCGCAGGUUUACGAGUUCUGGUUUACAAACGGCGGCUUCCCAUCACUAAAAGUAUCAAGUGCUUCACUCGGCUUUGAGCUGCAUCAACUGGAACGAUUCCCGUGGCCGCUUAGGAUCACUUCCACACAGUCACUACCACCAUUCCUUUUCGCACAGACCCUCACUCUGCCCCCGAAGAGCCCGAACACGCUCGUCAACGUCAAUUUCACGUCUUUUAUGAGGGUGAACUACGAUUCGACGACCUGGGUCAAUAUAUUCAGUCAACUGGACGAGCAUCCUGAGCAGUUCUCAGCCGUUGGACGAGCUCAACUGGUUACCGACUUUUGCUACUUCUAUGCCCACGACGAAGUCGACAGCGGCGCCGCAUUGAAGGAACUCGUGGUGGAUACCGUAAGUGCUUUUAGAUUCCCCUACCCGAAGUGCCUGUGGUUAGCGAAGUGCGUUCACUGA